GCUGUCCAAGGUGUUUUCACUUCUUGCUCUAAGACGAGAAGACAAGGAACGAUUGUUAAAGAGAAAACAAGUCCUUGUACAAGAACUGGAUAUCAAAGCACUGUACGUGAUGGCAGAGGCAUCAGUAACGAUGAACAUUGAUUCGGAGUCCCUGAGGAACAAGAUCACUUGUUCAAUAUGUAACAAGCAGUACUCCAGCCCAAAGACCCUACCCUGUCUCCACUCUUUUUGUCUUGCUUGUCUCGUUACCAUCAACGAAGAUGAGUCUGGAAUGAUUGAUUUAACGUGUCCCGAGUGUCACAAAAACAUUUCAAGUCUAGAGAAAUCGCUCGCUGAUCUGCCUGAAGCUUUUCAAAUCAAUCGCCUUCUGUCUUAUCAUAAAUUCAAGCAGAAAGCACUCGGGAAGGUGACCCCUUUGUGUCAGAAUUGCGUUGGUACCAAAACGAGUGCUGUUGCUUUUUGUACCAAUUGCAACAAGUUUAUCUGUGACCUCUGCAAGAAGAUACAUGGUAACUGGUCUGAGCUGAAAGACCACAAAACACUAAAACUGGCAGAGCUAAAGGACGUUUAUGAUAGCUACGUCCCCGUCACUGUUACGAAGCAGCUGUGCGAGGACCACAAAGGAAACGAGUGCACUGCUUUCUGUGAGACUUGUGAGAGCCUUGUCUGUCACGAGUGUAUUUUAAAGACUCAUCGUGAUCAUAAGUGCUUCCAUUCAGAUGAAUCAGUAAAAUCACACAAGAAAGGCCUCAGUGAAGACCUUGAUUCCAUCAAUGGUCUACCAGGACAACUCCACGGUGCUAUCAAUGUCAUUGAUAGGAUCAUGGAGAAUUACUCUGGUGAGGGUCGAGCUGUUGAAGCACAGUUGCUUGUGGUUCUUGAGAAGUUGGAGAAAAUGGUAGCACUCAAACGCGAUGAGAUGAGUGGGAAACUGACCGACAGGCUGACAGAGAAGGUACUGUUGCUGUCAAAUCAGAAGCAUAAUCUUGAAGAAAUGAUGAUGAAGAUUAACAGCUGCAUUAGCUUUGUCAGCGAAGCAGUCGAUGGGAAUCACAUCACAGAGUUUUUUAUGCUCGAGAAGAAUAUGAAGAGACGCAUAACCGAGCUACAGAAAGAGUUUUCAACACUUGAUCUCCAACCAGUUGAAGAGCCAGAAAUUCACUUCAGUUUUAAGGAGAAGGCCUUGGAUGCUCUUGAUGGAUCCAUUAGGAUAAGUGAUGGGAGCGUCCUACAUGCUUCUGGUGAUAAUUUCAAUGUUGGAGAGAUUAUUUGCUUUUACAUAUCUCUCUCAUCAGCUUUCUACAAGACAAAGGACAAUCCAAUGGAUGAGGUUGUAGCUGAGAUAGAGUCCCUGAGAGAUGGGUCUGUAUGUCCAGCAGCCAUUGCUGUUAGUAGUAAUGGGUUUGCUAAGCUCCAGUGCUCUUUCUCAGAGAGAGGGAGGUAUCUUGUCAGAGUUCUUCUUGGGGGGAAGCACAUUAACGGGAGUCCUCAUCACUUUUACGUGAAACCCAACGGAACCCACCUUCAAAAGCCAAUCAAGUCUUUCAAUAAGCUCCAGGGACCCAAAGCUCUCGCUAUCACAAAAUCUCACCAGCUCAUCAUAUGCGAAGAGAACAGACACUCAGUCUCAAUAAUUGGACUCAAAAACAAGAAGACAAGUGUCAUAGGUGAGUAUGGAAGAGAUCAAGGUAACUUUAGCCACCCAACUGGAAUCGCCAUUGACAAAGAUGGCUGCAUAUAUGUUGCUGAUAGCAAGAACGAUCGGAUUCAGAAGCUCAGCCCCGAGGGCUCGUUCCUAGCUGAAUACAAGGAGACGCAGAAUUCCAAGAAGCUCCAUCUUCCGAGCAACGUAAAGAUUGGUAAUGACGGGUUUGUGUAUGUGGUUGAUCGAGGUAACAAUCGUGUCGUCAUUCUCACUCGUAGUCUCGAGUACGUUAGCUCUUUUGGAUCAGCUGGCUACGGACUGGGAUCUUUGCACGAUCCUUGGGACCUUGCUUUUGAUGAUAACGGAUUCAUUUACAUUACUGACCGCCGACAGCAUUGCAUACAGAUAUUCACUCGGAAUGGAUCGUUCCGCGGUAAAAUCGGGAGUCAAGGACAGCAGAAAGGAAAGCUCAACCACCCGAUGGGUAUCACCAUUGACUCCAAUGGGAAGAUAUACGUGUGUGAGUCUGGUAAUCAUCGAGUGUCUAUGUUUCGAGUUUCGAGUGAGUUUGUUGAUUGCUUCAGUAUAGGACUAAGUAUGGUUAAUCCUUGUGGCAUUGCUGUUGAUGAGGAUGGGUUCCUGUACGUGGCCUGUGAUGAAACUGUGCAUGUAUUUUAACUUGCAUAUAAUUAUUAUUACCAACACUACAGUAAUAGCAAACUUCAUAUAUCUUACUUUUAUGUUUCUUGUUAUUGAAUAUAAUAAUAUUCAGUGUCAUUUUGAAAUUUUAAGAUUAAUAUUUUUUUUACUUGUGUAUUAUUCACCAUCAUUUGAAUCAUGUUUUUUACCCAUUGUAAAUCAAAAUUAA